AUUUUGCUUUGUGUCCCGGUACAGUGAGGUACGACUCCGUUGCCAAAGGCGGGCUGCGGCGCGGAGCAGCUGACGGUCAGUCAGUGUGUUGCUGUGCCCGGCAGCUAAUAACGGGAACAGUUAGAAAGAACAACGGCGCGGUCGGUCAGAAUGGAUGGGCCGGCGGGGUGUCCGCGUCUCAAUAAGUCGGAGAGCAGUGCAAACACUUUUCCCCGGUGUUUUAGUGUAACGUUUCUGUAUUUUUCUACAAGCUGCGCUCUAUUGCCAUGUUACCAUGUUUGCGUUUGUCCGGACUCGAAUAGUUCGCUGCUGCUGGUUGCGGUUGGAAACAUGCAGAUAUACAACUGAGACGAUGGCAGGAUAGAAGAACCGGCCGAGGGUAACCUACUUGUUUUAUAUACUUUUCUGCAAGACAACGCGUUGCAGUGUGAGAACAGUCUUUUUCCAUUGGUAGGAAAGCUGCCCUCCCCUUUUUUAACCAAAGAUUAUUUGAAGACCCAACUGGCUAUAAGGAAUAUUACCAAGAAACUUGACUGCAGUUUUCCAAAGAAAGUUGGAAAACCUGUGUCCAGCGGAAAAGACGGCAUGAUGAUUGUUACAGCUUUAUCAAGAACUGCACAUACUUCCACUCUAGAAAAGUUAUGUGGUUUUUUUUAAUUGAAUGUAACCAAUAGCUUUCUAAGUGCUGUACAUCUGCAUCAUGCAGUGGAGAAGACGACACUUCUUCCCAUUCAGGGUAACCUGCAAUGUAAAGCGGUCACUGUUCUGCAUACACGUCAUUGGACUUGUGAUCUUGGUCAUUGUGAUCUUUGUCAUUUGCCACUUGAUGUGGCCCCUGUGCAAUACAGGGAAGAGGAAGAGCUCUGGAGAAACUGUGAAGGUUUUUCAUUCCCAAAAAGCGGAGGCAAACUGGAGCUCACUUAACACAUUAAAGGAGGCCUUCCAUCCAUCCCAUGUUCCCCACAGCUUGAUAAACCUGAGUUCUGUUCAUGUGGAUGUAUCCUACCAGGAAGUGACGGGACUGGACAACUCACUGAGUACAAACACUGUUUUGUUCAGUGAAAUGAGAUUAGGGGGACAGCUUAUCACACUGUCAUACCCCUACCUUAUCAAUGAGCCUGAUAGAUGUAAGGGUAGAAAUCCCUUCUUGAUAUUUAUGAUAGCAGUGGAGCCAGAAAAUAUGGAUGCGAGAAAUGCCAUCCGGCAGACCUGGGGAAAUGACAGCGUGGCUCCUGGCCUAGACCUUGUUCGCUUGUUUCUGCUGGGCCAGAGGAAUGACAGCGAUGGCUACCUGCAGCGUUCCAUUAGGAGGGAAAGCUGGAAGUACCAUGAUAUCAUUCAACAUGCGUAUCAGGACACCUAUAAGAAUUUAACAAUCAAAACUCUUAUGGGAAUGAAAUGGGUGGCCAACCACUGCCCGCAUGCUAGGUAUGUCAUGAAGACAGACAGUGACAUGUUUGUAAACACAGAAUACCUUAUAUACAAAUUGCUCAAGCCAGAUGUGCCACCAAGACAGAACUAUUUCACAGGCUACCUAAUGAGAGGCUAUGCACCAAACAGAAAUAAGGACAGCAAAUGGUACAUGCCACAAUAUGUGUACCCGAGUGAGCGGUAUCCAGUGUUCUGCUCCGGUACAGGAUAUGUGUUCUCAGGGGACUUGGCUGAAAAGAUCUACAAAGUUGCUUUGAGUAUACCUUACCUUCACCUAGAGGAUGUGUGUGUGGGGAUCUGUUUGGCCAAACUCCACAUUGAACCCAUGCCGCCACCCAACGAAUUCUUGUUCAAUCACUGGCGAGUGUCCUACUCCAGCUGCAAAUACAGUCACCUUGUUACCUCUCAUCAGUUCAAACCAAAUGAAAUUGUCAAGUAUUGGAAUGAUUUCCAAAAAAACAAGCACAAUCCUUGCAACAAUGCUGUAAGAGAUAGGAACAGAAAAUACAAUCCCUGAAAACUGCACUGCAAGGCAGCCCAGUGAUGACUGACAGGAUGGGGAAGAAGCACAUUCAUCAUAAUAAAAGGGAUAGCAGCAGGUUUUUGUACUACACACAGCCAAAUUAUUUUUAUAAUAUUGUAAAUUGUUUUUGUUGAGACCUUUUCAAGCAGAUUUAAUAAAAUGUUAAAAGUUCAGUGUGCACAUAAAAGUGGAUCUGAUCCAUAAGGAGCCAAUAUGUAUAUCUGAAAUACACACACAUUUUCAGAACCGCUUGUCCCUUACAGGGUCACAGAGCCUA